GAUUGGCCUCAACCAGGAGUUAAUGGCCACUCACGGAAUUCCAUUGGUCAAUGUGAGGAAAGAGGGGUGUGAUCACUACGGACAGCAGAGAGCCGUGCUACGGGAGGAGCGAGCGGCGUGUUUCCGGGGGUCAUCUAUCGAGCGACGCGGAACACACGCGGCCAUGGAAACCGAGUUUCGGGAAAUCGAUGAGCUCGGGAACUGGAACGCCGUUUACCAGGAGAUUAAGCAGCAGUCCAGUGACCUACCAUGCAAGAUCGCCAAACUUCCAGAAAACAGAAGUCGUAAUCGCUACAGAGACGUCAGUCCAUUUGACCACAGCCGUAUUCGUCUACAGAUCGGCAGUAAUGACUACAUCAAUGCAAGCCUGAUCUCAGUGGAAGAAGCUCAGAGAAACUACAUACUAACUCAGGGUCCGUUACCAAACACCUGUGGUCAUUUCUGGGAGAUGGUGUGGGAGCAGCGCUGCCGAGGGGUUGUGAUGCUGAAUCGUGUGAUAGAGAAAGGCUCGAUAAAGUGUGCUCAGUAUUGGCCUCAGCGAGAGGAGGGGGAGGCUGUUUUUGAAGACACAAAUUUCAGACUUACUCUGAUCUCAGAGGAUGUGAAAUCGUACUAUACAGUACGACAGCUGGAGCUGGAAAAUCUGUCGACACAGGAAACACGGGAGAUUCUUCAUUUCCACUACACCACAUGGCCAGAUUUUGGCGUGCCAGAGUCGCCUGCAUCUUUUCUCAACUUCCUUUUGAAAGUGCGUGAGUCAGGCUGUCUGAGUCUAGAGCACGGUCCUGUCGUGGUCCAUUGCAGCGCUGGUAUUGGCCGCUCUGGGACGUUCUGCCUUGUAGACACCUGCCUCCUUCUGAUGUCUCAGAGGAAGGAUCCAACGUCAGUGCGCAUCCAGGAGGUCUUGCUGGAAAUGCGGCGAUACCGCAUGGGUCUGAUCCAGACAGCUGACCAGCUGCGUUUCUCUUACCUCGCUGUCAUAGAGGGUGCCAAGUACAUAAUGGGAGACACGUCUGUACAGGAGUCAUGGAAGGAGUUAUCAAAUGAGGAGGAUCUCCCCCCUCAAUUAACUCCUCCUCCUCCCAGACCAAGGCCUCGAGUAGACCCACCCAAUGGCAAAGGCGAACUGGUGAACUCUGACACCACCCUCUUCUUCAGUGAGAUAAUAAAAAACAGCGCAGAAAUCUGUGCGAACAGUGCGCCCCAGACAUUCACAGACGGGUCAGAGCUUCGCAAACGGGCAGCCGGUGAGGUCGGAGCGUCUGCGUUGUUAAGAGAACCCGAUGACCCAAUUGUCGCAAGAGAAGCCCCUCCCAAACCUGCACGGUCUCCGCCCAAGACUCCCACGGAGGAGGCGACUCCUGUUGCUGCCGAUGGAGCGUGGAGCCCCCUGCUGACCAGUGUGUUUAUGUGCACGGUACUGGCUGUAGGUGCUUAUGCCUGUUACCGCACCUAUUUCCACUGAUGCCCUCUUUUUUUUCCAUCCUUCUCUUUUUCUAUCCCUCCAUGUGCUGGCUAUUGUCGGGAAAAGAAAAAGAGAGACACACACAGACACUGAUAGUUUCUCAGCUGGACCUGUGUCUCUCAGCUGGGCCCGUCUCACUCUUUCUGAAUGUCUUUGGGAAAGAGUUUCAGCGACUUUUUUUUUGCCAAAAUGCUGUCGCCUCUUUCUAAACACACACUCUUACACACAAUCUAAUAAAUGUGUGUCCGUUUAAAACCUCAGGGCCUCACAAUUCAGGUGUUGCAACCCCAACGUUAAACAGGUAAAACACAGGUAAAAGAAAAUCCAAAAGACUCUGUUGUUGUUGCAGUAAGUAAGGGAACUUUUUGUGUGUGUGUGUGUGUGUGUGUGUGUGUUUGUGUAUCUCAAUCAUUUUUUCUGUUCGAUUUUUAAGUCUCAGACGGAGCUGCACAGGAGGUGAGCUCCUCUUAUACAUGCUGAAAACACAAAUCUGCUGUACCUGAUUGAAAACCUGUUUGUAUUUGUGUGUCUUGGAGAAAAGGGAGAUCAUGAGUAGUCCGGGAUGUCUGAUACCAUCAAGUGCUCUGUCACAGCAGAAAACAUCCCAAAUGCUUUUACUUUUCAUUCUUUUUUCUGGCCUCAGCUUUUGUUUAUACCCCAAAGAUGACACUGGCACUUUGUCUGUGAGGGGAAACAAAGAUCAAGUGACUGAUGCACCGGCCUCUCAUUCAUUCAUUCAUUCAUUCAUUCAUUCGUUCGUUCGUUCGUUCGUUCCCUUUGUCAGAUCAGACCAUUUAAAAUGCUGGAGCUGGAUGCCACAUUCAGAACAAACUUCAGUUGGUUCUCUAUGGGCCCUGCUACGGCCAUUUAGUUUAUCUAGAACUCACAUUUCAUUUUUUAAUUAAACUGAAAUACUAAAACCACUUCAAAUCAAGCAAGCAUUCUUACUAGACCUCAUGGAUUUUUGUUUCCAAAUUUUCAUGCAUUUCACUUAAUGCCAGCUCUGGAAAUCAAGGUAAAGCAAGUUAACCUGACUGAUUGAUUGUUACAACAAAAAUGUGGCAGCAGGUGGCAGUAUUAAGUACAAUGAUUUUUCACUUGUGAUUGCCCUUUUAGAGGACGGUGACUCAUGAGACAGGGUUUGAAUUAUAUAUAUAUAUUUUUUUUUCUGUUGCAAUACAGAUACAUUCAUGCUUCUGGCCCUUGUCACAUGUCCUUAAUGGUGUGCGUUGAGCGCAGGAGGUCAGACUUUACCAAAAAAUAUAAAAAACAAAACACCAGCACUGAAUGAAUGCAAAGAGAGAACCAGUGACAGUGAGCUGUCUUUGUGUUUUAUUGUUUUACUAUAUUAUUGUCAUAGUAAUUAUUAUCGAGAGAGAUUUAACAGCAGACGGGCAUAGAAAUUUCUUUGAAUCAAACCACGCUGCAGAACUGUUACUUUGGAACAAUGUGUGAACAAGUCUAAUGCAGUAACCUCAAAACAAAUGAAGCCUCGUGUAUUGAGGCCUGAAACGCUUUUAAUUGUGACUCGGCUUUGUGUGGUGACUCUUUGACUGCUGCUUGACCAGUCCAGAAUGGCAAUUUUUGGGUCGCUAGGAGUUUUUUUUUUUCUUCCCAGCUUGUAGAGGUUCAAUGUUUCACACACUGAAGCUGUUGAGGUUUGGUUCUGUUUUAACAGAGGGCCACCAUUCAUCGUAGUGACUCUGAAUCCGGUCCCUUUGCUGGACCACAGAAUGUAAAGUUUCUUGCCGGCUUUAUUUACACACACGCAUAUAUAGAGAGAAAUGUAUCUGUGUCAUUGUUUGUCUUUUUUCAGUUAUCUUUGGACUGGUAGACAUCAGACUUCCUCGGCCUUUGUAUAUGAGGCUUAAGAAUUUAUUUCCCCCUCCCAGCAUCCCGUUGAGUCCUUUUUAAUGUUGAUUCAUUGUGUUUUUGUUUUUUGUAAGAAAAGCAUAUGCUUUGUUCCAGUUGGAUGUAUUGACAUUUGAAAUUGUAUUUUUUUGGACAGAAUACAAAGCAGUGGUAAUAAACAUAAAUUCUUAAAUCUA